GGCAAUCACUACCAUGAAAGGCGGCGCGAACAGCGGUUUCCGGCACGUGAAACCCGAGGAGUACACGCCCCGCCUUCUUCAUUUCCAUGGCGACCGGAUGGGGGUGGUUGUUACGGAAAAACCGCGCUGCAAGAGUCUCAUAGACCAUACGGACGUCUACAUCCUAGACCUGGGGCUCAAACUCGUCCAAUGGAACGGCACCGGCGCUAACAAGGACGAGAAAAUGAAGGCCCUUCAAUACAUCAAGGGACUACAGACAGAGAGGGGUGGAAAGUGUCACGUGGAAUGUCUAGAUGAGGACCCUAUCGCACCUGAGGACGAGUUUUACAAGUUCCUCGACGAACAGCCGGACGCUGAUGACGCCGAACCGGAAGUUAAAGACAAGGUCAAGGAGCUGUGGAGAUUGUCGGACGUCUCUGGUAAGCUGUCUAUGAAACCGGAAAAGAGAGGUUCGGAGAUCAGCCGCUCUGCACUUGAUAGCAACGAUGUGUUCAUUUUGGAUACAAAGACCGAGCUGUUUGUCUGGAUCGGUAAAAAGACGUCCAUCAACGAGAGACGUAACGCCAUGACCUACGCACACAACUACCUGAUGAAGACCGACCACCCCCUGGUCCCCAUCUCGUGCGUGAACGAGGUCACCAAUGAUAAACGGUUCGCCGCGGCCAUCGCUGCGUAGACGUCGCGGGGACGUCAGGCCAACUCUAGUUACUACGGAGGCGUAAUCAAAGAACGAUAUCUAGCGUUAUCUGUGUACUAACGUAUGCUGUGUUCAAAGUCUUCUGGCGUGGACACUGUCGACGCCAUAGCGUCUUCGACAUUCCCAGCCUGUGCAUGCUUUUGUAAACGUGUAUACU